AUGGAAUUGGGCUGGCGAGUCGAAGGUAAUGCCGCCCAAAAUUUAUACUUAUUUCAUGCAAUAACUAGUCGCUUAGUGGGUAAAGCGGCAACGCUAUUAAGUGAAAAUCAAAAUAUUACAUCAUGGGAUCAUUUUAAAGAUAUAUUGACUCAACAUUUCGGCGACCCGCGUUCAGAAGAAUGUAUAGCAAUAGAAUUAGAAUCAUUAAAAAUUAAAUCUGGAGAAUCAUAUAUAGAGUUCUGUCAAAGAAUACAAAGUGUUAAAAGUUCCCUAACCUCAAAGGUUAAUAGGUUAACCGAUGAGAGUAUUAAAGCAGCCAAAUUAAUCAUUUAUAAUAAUACGGCUCUUAAUGUAUUCCUUUAUAAUUUAUCUGAAGAUCUUUUACGUAUCGUUCGUCUAAAGGGCUGUACUAAUUUAGAGAGUGCAUUAAGUGUUGUUACUGAAGAGGUUAAUUUUCAUUAUCAAUAUUCUAUUAAAAAUAAAUUGUGGAAGAAUAGUGCAUCCCCCCAACAAAAUAAUUUUAAACCUGGUAUUCCUUCUCAAAAUAAUUUUAAACCUGGCAUUUCUCCUCAAAAUAAUUUAGCAUCAAAUGUGCCUCCACAGAAUAACUUUAAAUACGGAAUUCCCCCACAGAAUAAUUUAAAAUACGGAAUUCCCCCACAAAAUCACGUUAAGUUUGGAAUGCCCACACAAAAUAACUUUAAAUUCGGGAUACCACCACAGAACAACUUUAAAUUCGGGAUACCACCACAGAAUAACUUUAAAUUUGGAAUGCCCCCGCAAAAUAAUUAUCGGUUUGGAAUUUCGCCUCAAAAUAAUAGUCGAUUCGGUAUACCUCAACAAAACUAUAAAUUUGGUUACCAGCCACAGCAGGGUCCUAGAUUCGGUAUACCACACCAAAAACAGAAUCCACAACCAGGUAACACAGACGUUUCUAUGCGAACCGCGCCGAUAAGACAAAAUAUGAUUAAUGACUCUGAAUAUUAUUACGAACCAUACUAUUACAACGACUAUAGCGAUUAUGAUAACUAUGACUCAAGCGAAACAGCCAUGUGUGAAAAUUUUAAUUUGUUAGAAAAUCAAGAAAAUUCUAAAGACAACGAGGAAAUAGAAUCACAGGAAGUAAAUUUUCAGGAAGAAGCCUCGAAUCAUAUUCCGAAAUAA